UUGUCGAAAGCAGAUCGUAAAUUUGAUAAAUCAUAAGAAAAAUGGCUAAAACAAAAUCAAGUCAAGCUAGCACAACAAAAGUUGAUAGUAAAGCUUCAACGCGUGCAACACCUGAUAUUACUGCUAAUGUUGAGGUUUUUGGAUCAAAUAAUCCAUUACCAAAACUUAAGAAAAGUAAGACAACAAAGACAAUGAAAUCAGGACUUACUCUUCCAGUAUCACGAAUCCAGCGAUAUCUCAAGAAGGGAAAUUAUGCAAAUCGUGUAGGCGCAGGUGCUGCUGUAUAUUUGACAGCAGUUUUAGAAUACUUAGUAGCCGAAGUUUUGGAGCUUGCAGGAAAUGCAAUGAAGGAUAGCAACAAACAACGAAUUAUUCCGCGACACUUGUGCUUGGCAAUUAAGAAUGAUAUAGAACUGAACGAAUUGAUUGGAAAUGCAUGCAUUUCUCAAGGCGGCGUGAUUCCUCAUAUUAAUCCAGUUCUCUUGCCAAUCAAAACAAAACGAAAAUCUGAUGUUGACAUUGUUAAAGCUCUUCAAGAGGCCAAACUGGCAGCAAAGAAGUCAAAGGAAGUUGCAAAGCCAAAAAAGACCAAGAAGGAAGCUGCAAAGAAAGCCAAACAGGAAGUGGCUGCAGAAGUCAGCAAAGAUUCUGAAGUCGAUGAAGAUGCUGAAGCAUCAUCAACAAAGGAUGAAAUAUUAAGUGAUUAGUUAAAUCUUGCGAAUUUGAAUGUUUCAACAACAAAUAUUUUUGACAAAUGAAGAUCGUAUAAUUUUAGAUUUAAACACAGCAUAUAAGCAUAAGCUUUUAACUCGGAAUUUAGUUAAACUUUAAUAACUAUAAUUAAUUAAAAUUCUUGUUUUUCGAUUUAAAGGCCGAUAAUAAUAGAAAUAUAUAAUUGAUGUAAAAUUC